UCCAAGCCAUCGGCUUGUAUUCAAAUAUUGUUAUUAAUCGGAUUUUUUAAUUUUACAAAUUAUGCGGCACGGUAUAUUUUAUUGUUUCUCAUAUUAUAUCACAUCCUUGAGAAAUGUCAGAAGCUCCAUUAAGUCAUAUAAUUGCAAGUUCUAAUAAUCAUUACGAAAUAAUCAGUUUUAUGAAUAUUACCUACUUAGGUUACAUAAUUUUUGAUGCGUAGCUAGAGUAGAUAUAAAUAUUUGUUUCUUCAUUUAUCUGAAUUAUCGUUAAAUUUCAAUGCAUAAAUUUCAAUGAAGAAUUCUGUGAAAAUAUAAUAACUUUCUAACUAAAGCAAAUACCACGUCUGUGCUUUUAUCGAUUAAAUAUAAAUGGAGAUAAAAUGCUUCAUCUUUCUAUUUCUCGUUGGUGUAGUUGUUGCCUUUCCCCAAAAAGAAGGAAAUGCAUACACACAAGAAGCUAUUAAACAAGCACAGAAUACAUUUUUAAUUCCUAAAGACGCUCAAAUACAAAAGGUACAAGAGGGUAUUGAAAUUGGGGCCUAUGAAAGCAUACCCGGAAAUCAAAAAGUGAAUCUAUUUGAAAUAUUGGGCGAUCAAUUUCCCCCUGAAGUAGUGAGCAAUCUUCAAUCUCAAAUUGAUCAAGUAGGAAGAAGCUGAAUGUCAUGUGAUAUGAGUCAAUUGGAGUUUGUCUCUAAAUCGCGAGCAAACUUUCUGUUGUCCAUUUAAGUUUUAUGAUAAUUGUAACAAUAAUGCCUGUACAUAUUUUUAUAUUUUUUUAAAUCCAUUAAAACUUUAUACAAACCUCUUGGUGGUAUCAUUAUUUAAAAAAACCAUACAGAAUUCUGAAAUAAAUUAAAUAACAAUAAUAUGGUAGAAUAAAGAGCUUAAUGAAAAUUAUCACUUUAGUGUUGUUAUAAAAGCAAACGUCUAAUAGAGCAAACAUUCAAUUAUAACCUUAAA